AUGGUGUUGGAGGUUCUUGUUGAUUUGUGUAUUCUCAUUUCACAAUAUUCCAGGUAUUUCAUUGUAAUUGAUGACAUGCGGUCAGAUCAAUGGAGUACUAUAAAGUCUGCCUUUCCUCGAGAUGUUAGCAGCAGAAUAUUGGUGACAACGAAAAUCAAGUCAGUGGCUAAUACUUGCAGCUCUACCAACGGCUAUAUUCACAAAAUGAGAAGACUUGACGAGAAACAUUCAAAGCAGUUAUUCCUGAAGGAAGCUUGUCCGGUGGAAUAUUCAGAGUACAUGGGGCCUGAUCUGGCAGCAAUUUUGAAGAAAUGUGAUGGUCAACCACUCGCUCUGACUACCGUUGGCCAAUUCAUGGGAAAAAAGAGUUGGCCAACAGGACAUGACUGUGAAGAUGUGUGCAACCAGGUAUGGUUUUACCAUCUGCAGAGUGGUGACGAUACUUUGGACAGAAUGCAUCAGGUGCUGAUCCAUGACUACACCAGUCUGCCUAGCCAUGCUCUCAAAGCUUGCUUUCUGUAUUUUGCUAUGUUUCCAAGUGAUCAUCCAGUAAGGGCGAAAAGGCUAAAGAGGCAAUGGUUAGCUGAGGGAUUUGUGCGGCCAACAAAUUUAUGCACUGACCUUGCAGCUGAAAAUUUCGAGAAGCUCUUGGACCAGAACAUCAUCGAACCCAUUGAUGUGAGCAACAACACAAUUGUGAAAACAUGCAAAACUUAUGGCAUGAUGCAUGAGUACAUUACGCUCAAGUCUCUCUAUGAAAACUUCGUCACUUUGUUUGAUGGAGGGGGGCUCCAACCUAAAAAUGCCCGUCGUGUUUCUCUCCGUCACAACACUAUUACAGAUGGUGCCACUUUGAACAUUGAUCUCUCUCUUGUCAGAUCUCUGAUAGUAUUUGGGGAGGCAGGUAAAACUAUGUUGAAUUUCAACAAGUACCAACUGCUAAGGGUCUUGGACCUUGAAGACUGUACAGACUUGCAAAAUGAUCAUCUCACAGAAAUAUGCAACCUAUUGCUUCUUAAAUAUCUGAGCCUAGGAGGAAAUGUUACCAUCCUUCCCAAAGAGAUAAAACAACUGAAACUUUUGGAGACACUCAACCUAAGGAGAACGAAUGUAAAGAUACUUCCAACUGAAGUUAUUCAGCUGCCCCAUAUAAUUCAUCUCUUUGGAAAAUUCAAGCUUCCAGAUAAAGCCAUAAAUGAUGAACUGCAGAAAUUUCUUACUUCAGCAAAAUGUAAAGUGCAGACACUGGCAGGAUUUCUUGUAGAUGAAAGUGACGGAUUUGCAGAACUUGUGGGUCAUAUGAAAAAAUUGCGGAAGGUAAAGAUCUGGUGUGAGUCAUCUGCAACUAGUAGUAAAUUGACCACUCUUCAGAAGGCCAUACAGCAGUUCAUUCAUGACGACAAGGAUGCAAGCAAUGAUCCUCGUUCUUUGUCACUCCAUUUGGACGGAUGCUCCGAAGACUUUCUGAAAGAAUUGAAAGCGCCCUGCUAUCUCAGGUCGCUGAAAUUACAGGGCAGGUUACUGGAACUCCCUGGGUUUGUCACGGCACUGCGCCGACUCAGGGAGUUAUGCCUUCAGUCAACUAAACUUACAGCAGAUCUUCUCUCAGCUUUGACAAAUUUGAAGCAUCUGCAGUACCUGAAGCUGAUUGCUGAUGAACUUGAAGAAAUCACCAUUAAGAACAAGGCAUUGCCAAGGCUGCUCUGCCUAUGUUUUGUGCUGCAGCGUCCAACGUUCCCAAAGAUCGAAGAAGGCGCCUUGCCAUUUCUUGAAUCUCUUCAGCUGCUUUGUGAAGAUAUGGAUGGCCUCUAUGGAAUCCAGAUUAAAGGUUUCACACGACUGAGGGAAGUAACACUCGAUAUAAGAGUCACCAAUGGUACUAAAGUGAACUUGGUGAGGGCAGUUAAGGAACAUCCGAACAAACCAAAAGUUCUUCUGCUCAAAAGACCUGUACCACCUGAAGUUUAUCUUGGAGGAGCUUCUGCUUCAUUUGGGACAACUGAGAAUGAAAUUGUAAAUUGCUCUGUUCUGUCAGAGGAACUAGUACAGGAGACUGACACCCAAAUGCCACAUGAUGAACCGAGGGAACAAGUACAGGAGACUGACACCCAAAUGCCACAUGACGAACCGAGGGAACGAGUACAGGAGACUGACACCCAAAUGCCACAUGAUGAACUGAGGGAACAAGUACAGGAGACUGACACCCAAAUGCCACAUGACGAACCGAGGAAACGAGUACAGGAGACUGACACCCAAAUGCCACAUGAUGAACUGAGGGAACAAGUACAGGAGACUGACACCCAAAUGCCACAUGACGAACCGAGGGAACGAGUACAGGAGACUGACACCCAAAUGCCACAUGACGAACCGAAUUCUGUUUUCAGUAAUAAAGGACAUCUGGUGGUUUGUGCUGCUGGUUCGUCUAUUGCUGGCAAUGGCACAAUGGCUUCUUAA